UCAAAAUUUUUUCUGAGCAUAAGACUUUGUAUUUGUCAAAAUCUAUAGGAAAAGAAGGUAAAUAUAUUGUGUAUAUAUAUAUUUUUCAUACUAUCAAAUGGUUUCUUCUGCUAAACUUGAAAUAGUUUCACAAGGGUGUAACGAAGUCGAAAGUCCCAAAGAGACUUCUUCGCCUAAAAGUAGUGAAUUAUCACUGAACUCGAAUCAAUCUAAUGAUUCUUCUCUUGAUAGUGAAAAUAUAAAUUUUGAAAAUGAAACUAUAAAUUCUUCUUCUCCUACUUUAACUUCACUUCAUUCUUGUCCUUCAACACAGCAACAACAAUCAUUUAGUCGGAAUCACGAUAAUUUUAUGAACGUUCAAGAUAUCGAUACUUCUCAAAAUAUACAACCUACCCAAGGACCAACUCCUGCAGCUACUCCCACACAAAAAUUGUCACCCAGACUUUCAAUCUCCGAACAAAACAUUUCACAAUCCAAUCCAGAAUUAAGAUCUUUACUAUAUUCUCAUCAACAUUUACCAUUGCAACAACAGCAAUAUCUUGAACAUAUAUUUGCCGAAGAUCAAUACAGAUUACAACAAAUGAUACAAUCACAGGCAUCUUUGGGACAAAUGGUGCCAACAAGUUAUUGUCCUCAACAACAUCAACAAUAUCAAAUAUUGACUGAUUGUGUACAAGUACAAAUUGAAGAUCCGUCAACAGCUUUUUUACAACCAUAUCAACCUCAAUCUUCGCAUUCAGAAAAUUCCAAUUCAAUGUCGCGUCAUCAAGAUAACGUUCAAAGAAAAUCACAAUCUAUAUCUGAAAGUGAACGACAAAGACGUCGACUUGAGCGUAAUCGAGUCGCGGCAAGACAAUGUCGUGAAAGAAAGAAGGUGUAUGUCUCAAGCCUUGAAUCAAAAGUGGCACGACUUGAAGAAGAAAAUGCAAAACUUCGUAGUGAAGUUUUGAAAUUGAGUGCGAAAUUACUACAAAGUCCUGUUGAUUUUCAAGAAAAUGAGAGACUGUAUAUUUUAACCGAGGAAUUAAAAGCUAGAUUGUAUGCACAAGAACAACAAUAUCAACAAUCAAAUCAGCACCCAUUACAAGAACAACAAGAGCAAGAGCAGCAAGUACAACAACAACAACAGGUGCAACAACAAAAGCAGGAACAACGACAAAACAAGAAGCAACUAGUUGUUAAUAAAGAACAUAAUAAUUCGUUACUAUUAGAAGAUGCUGUAAAGGAUGAAGAUAAUGGGUUGUAAAUGACAUUCAUUAAUGAUUGUAUGAAUAAAAUAUAUUCUUUUAUUCGCGAUGUAAAAUCCAGUUGUAGGGGGGUAUUUUUUCGCAUAAAGUUUUUUAUGCAGAUUUUCUUUUUACUAUUAAUUAGAAUUAUUUUUUUUCUUUUGUUUGAAUUUUAACUUG